AUUCGUCUUCCCCAGACCCCAAAACCAUAUCGCCGCUGCCAUGUCGUCGUCGCCGUCUCCAGCGAGCCGCCGGCCCCCGGGCCCUCUGGCGCUGGGGCUGGAGUCCUCGGCCAACAAGAUCGGGAUCGGAGUCGUCUCCCUCUCCGGGAACAUCCUCUCCAACCCGCGCCACACCUACGUGACCCCGCCGGGCCACGGCUUCCUCCCCCGGGAGACCGCGCAGCACCAUCUCGCGCACCUCCUCCCACUCCUUCGCGACGCGCUCGCCGAGGCCGGAGUCGCCCCCGUCGACCUCGCCUGCGUCUGCUACACCAAGGGACCCGGCAUGGGCGGCCCGCUCCAGGUCGCCGCCGCCGCGGCACGCGCGCUGUCGCUCCUUUGGCGGAAGCCGCUCGUCGCUGUCAACCACUGCGUCGCGCACAUCGAGAUGGGACGCGCGGUCACGGGGGCCGUGGACCCCGUCGUGCUCUACGUCUCCGGCGGGAACACGCAGGUCAUUGCCUACAGCGAGGGAAGGUACAGGAUCUUCGGGGAGACCAUCGAUAUCGCCGUCGGGAACUGCCUGGACCGCUUCGCCAGGGUCCUUGAGCUCUCCAAUGAUCCCAGCCCCGGGUAUAACAUCGAGCAGCUUGCGAAGAAGGGAGAAAAGUUCAUUGAUCUCCCUUACGUUGUAAAGGGUAUGGAUGUGUCAUUUAGUGGCAUAUUGAGCUACAUUGAAGCUACGGCAACUGAGAAGCUUAAAACUAAAGAGUGCACACCUGCAGACUUAUGCUACUCAUUGCAGGAAACUCUCUUUGCCAUGCUCGUUGAAAUUACUGAGCGUGCAAUGGCACAUUGUGAUUCGAAGGACGUUCUUAUUGUUGGUGGUGUUGGAUGCAAUGAACGUUUACAAGAGAUGAUGAGGAUUAUGUGCUCAGAAAGAGGUGGUAGGCUGUUCGCAACUGAUGACCGAUAUUGUAUAGACAAUGGGGCAAUGAUUGCAUACACUGGUUUACUAGCUUAUGCACAUGGUGUGACCACUCCCCUGGAGGAGUCGACAUUUACUCAGAGAUUCCGAACUGAUGAAGUUCAUGCGAUUUGGCGGGAGAAGGAGAUGCCAGUGUUAACUAACAUCCAUGCAGAUGCAAUAGCUGAAGUAUCCAAAGAUGAAGCCUCCAUGCCAACUCCAAUCAACGUAGACUCCUGAGGUAGAAAAGGUGGAAACAGGAAAGCACACGAGAUGCCUUUGUUUGCUGAUUUGGAGAAGCUUCCGGAGACACACGGCUGGUGACUUGUGCUGUUGUGCUGCACUAUGAGCCUGACGGUGACUUGUGCUGUUGUGCUGCACUAUGAGCCUGACGGCAUACCAGUUGCAAAGCGGUCUGCUCAGAGAUACUGAUCACCAACCUGGUCAAAUGAAUCUGUUGCAUGUCUCACCUGCUGAUAGUUGACAGUGAUCAAACCUCACCAGCAUUCUGGUUAGUUAGACUUUUCCUCUUCUUUGAGUGACCCUUCCGUUUGUUGUAAACUAGUUAUCGAUAUCAUGUGAACCAAGCUGGGGUUAUCGGCAAGUUUUUCCUGGUUCUGGUAUCCAGUUUCCAUUUCGAAGCUGCUGCUUUUCGGGCAGCCAUUUGUUCUCAGGAACGUGUACAGAUUGCGUUACACGGAAGCUAGCGCCCAUGGAACACGUAUAUGAACUAUUUUCUGUUGGGUAAUCACCUUUUUCUCCCCC